AAACAUCAUCGAACCACUUUCAGCACUUCCAACUUUCAUUUCAAACGAUAGACGCUAAUUCUCCUGUUACCUCUACCUCUUAAUCGUCUAUCCGAAGUCAACAUUCGAAAUGGCAAUUAAACCUAUUACCGGCAUGCUCCGAAGGGGCCUUGUUACCGACCUCGGCAUUGGACUUGGACUCGGCGUAACUUUCGCUAGCCUAUACUGGCACGGAUACCACAUGCCGCGCACCCACGCGCGAGACAACUUUUACAAGAAACUUGAGGACGAGCGGGCCUCACGGAUGAUCUAAGAGGAUGGCGAGGGGUUACCUAGGUGAGGGGGAAGACAUGCACAUACCAAAGAGGGCGAAACAUCGGACACUAGACGAGAACGUCAUUUUUUCUAUCCAGGUUGAGGUUAGAGAAUGCUAUAGACGAUAGUUAGGCUUCGAGAGCUGGACGGCCGACUGUAUUAUACGAACGAAACCCGCCCACCGAAAUCAGACUUCGAGAGUAUUCUCAUCCACAUGAGUUGUUGUUAUUAGUCGUGACUAGUUCGUAUGAAAGCCUAUUGGUAUCGAUAUUGGUAACUGGAUAAUUGAGAUAUAUGUUGGAAAAUAAAUACUAAGUCAUCUGAGGACAUAGUAUAGAUAGGGUAUGGGUCGAUUUAUCACGAUUUAUAACCGAGGUCAGAAGGUAAGAAAACGUACGAGUGAUUAUGGGAAGUGCCAAAAUGUAAAAUAAAGAGUUUACUAAAACUGGCAUUUGAUUCUAUUAUUAAAUAGCA